CGACAUCGACGUCCACUCCCACAUAACCGAUGUCCCACCAACCCCAAGCCGCCACUGCCUCCGAAGCGGUGUUCAAGCCCUCUGUCGACUUAGGCGGGGAGCUGCCCGAAGUACGCGGCCCGGACUUCAACACCGACCUUUCCCUGGACGACCUGCUGCGAUGUUUUGGCACAACCGGGUUCCAGGCGACAGGUAUCUCCCGAGCGAUAGACGUGAUCAACCAGAUGAUCUCCUGGCGGUUAUCUGACGACCCCCCAGAACCAGACGAAUCAGAGCACUACCUCGACCCCCUCAUCCGGGAGCAAACACGGUGCAAGGUCUUCCUUGGCUUUACGAGCAAUAUGAUCUCCUCCGGGGUGAGGGAGGUGAUCCGCUUUCUCGUCCAGCACGGGUAUGUCGAUUGUCUCGUGACGACUGCGGGUGGGGUUGAGGAGGAUCUGAUCAAGUGCCUCGGGAAGACGUACGUGGCGGAGUUUGAGCUUCCGGGGAAGGACUUGCGGGAAAAGGGACUCAAUAGGAUCGGGAACCUGUUGGUGCCGAACGAUAAUUACUGUAGGUUUCAGGAAUGGAUCGACCCGCUUCUGACGAGGAUGCUUGAGGAGCAGAAAGAGCUGGGCACGCUCUGGAGCCCGAGUAGCGUUAUCGCCCGCUUGGGGAAGGAGAUCAAUGAUGAGAGUUCAGUGUUGUACUGGUGCUGGAAGAACGACAUCCCCGUUUUCUGCCCUGCGCUCACAGACGGCUCGUUAGGGGAUAUGAUCUUCUUCCACUCUUUUUCCCACCCGGGGCUCGUCGUUGACCUCGUCUCCGAUAUCCGGAAACUCAACAGGCUGGCGUACGACUGCAAGCGCGCGGGGAUGGUCGUCCUCGGGGGAGGGGUAUGCAAGCAUCAUGUUGCUAACGCGAUGCUCAUGAGGAACGGGGCGGACUAUUCGGUGUUUGUCAACACGGCCCAGGAGUUUGAUGGUAGUGAUGCGGGUGCGAGGCCGGAUGAGGCCGUGAGCUGGGGAAAGAUCAGGGGGGACGCAAAGGCUGUCAAGGUUUUUGCGGACGCGACCGUCGCGUGGCCGUUGAUUGUCGCAGGGACGUGGGCGAGGAAGCAUAGGGAGGCGGUGGGCAAGGGGGAGAAGGAGGAAGGGGGGAAGGAGAGGGGAAUGCCGAAGCACGCGCAUUUGCAUGUAUGA